GGAGUCCGGGAGUGGUUAAAAGGCCACCUCCACCUCGGUCGAGUCGCGUCGUCUUCCAUUCCCCACUCCGCCACUUGCUGCUCCCUUCGCCAUGGCUGUGAAGGGCAAGGGCAAGCAGGUGGCCCCCGAAUCCCCUGGCCCAGGCGGCGGCGGGGCCUCAGGGGCCGGCGGGAAGCGGCGGAAGGCCUCCGGCGACACGGGAGAGGGACCCUCGUCGUCCUCUGCCGCGAAGCGCCGCCGCCGCGCCGGGGUCCUCCAGUUCGUGGACGACGUUGCCGGCGUCGACGACGAUAAUGAGGACGAGGACGAGGACGAGCUCGAGUCCGAGGAUGACCCCGAUGAUGGUUUCUUUACUGGUGGGGAACAUGCAGAAAAACUGAGUCACAAAAGAACUGAAAGGUCACACCCUCUUCCAUUUCUUGUAAAGGAAGAGGAGCUUAGUGGCGAUGAGCUUGAGGAAUUUAUCAAGAAUCGAUACAGUAAUCGUGUGAAAUAUGCUGCUGAUCGGAGCUAUUCUAGAGAAGACGAUGACAUUUUCCCCAUGGAUUGUGCACUCAAGGAGCCUACUAUUUGGAGAGUUAAAUGCAUGGUUGGGCGUGAGCGCCAAAUGGCCUUCUGCUUCAUGCAAAAAUUUGUUGACCUGCGAAAAAUUGGUACCAAAGUGCCAAUUAUCACAGCAUUUGCACUUGAUCACAUAAGAGGGUUUGUUUUUGUUGAAGCGGAGAAGGCCGGUUAUGUUACAGAGGCAUGCAAAGGGUUUUGUAGUGUGUACACAAGCAGAAUUACUUCUGUUCCUGCAACUGAAGUUCCUAGCUUGUUAUCCAGCCGUACGAAACCAUUUGAAAUCUCUCGUGGUACAUGGAUACGCAUGAAGAAUGGUAACUAUAAAGGUGAUCUGGCACAGGUCGUUAACAUGGAUUCUGGACGGAAAAAAGUGAUGAUAAAAAUUAUACCCAGAGUUGACCUCCAUGCUAUUUCGAAAAAAUUUGGUGGUGCAGUUUCACUAAAAGAAGCUGCAGUUCCUGCCCCACGGUUGAUCAGCUCCCAAGAACUUGAGUUCUUCAGGCCUCACAUUGAAAUAAAGCGCGAUCGUCAGACUGGCGAAGUUUUUGAAGUACUUGAUGGUUUGAUGUUCAAGGAUGGAUUUCUGUAUAAAAAGGUUGCACUUAGUUCUUUGAUUUAUUGGGGGAUACAACCGACAGAAACAGAGCUUUUGAAAUUCUCUUCUAGUCCAAGCAAUAGAGCUUCUGCUGAUGACCUGGAUUGGCUCUCCGGCAUGUAUGGUUCUAAGAAAAGGAACCUUCCAGCAGAACGAGAUAUGAAGUCAUCAUCUUCUAAAAUAAAAUCCUCCAAAGCACCAGACCUUAAAGGGUCAACUUCUACUGAAAAUUAUGACGACAAUGAUGAAUUCAACCUUCAUGAUCUUGUACUCUAUGGGCGAAAAGAUUUUGGUGUGAUCAUUGCUGUUGAGAAAGAUGGUUUUAGGAUACUAAAGGGUGGUCCCGAAGGAUCUGCGGUGACAGUGAGGAAGCAGGAUAUUAAGAAAGGCUGUGUAGACAAAAUGUUUACAGCUGUUGAUCAUCAUAAAAAGACGAUAUCCAUUAAUGACACUGUUAAUGUUGUGGAAGGGCCAUUUCAGGGUAAGCAAGGGCUCGUUAAACACUUGUACUUGGGAAUACUGUUUAUUUUUAAUGAAAGUGAAAGUGAGAACUGUGGGUUUUUCUGUGCUCAAAGUGGGUCAUGCGAAAAGAUACGGAAGGGUCUGGGAAGCUCUACUACUGAAAAUUCGGACUUUCCAACUCCCAUGUUUUCUGAACCUGCUUAUGAGCAAAAUGAGCAUAGGAACACUGAAGGGCCUUACAGGAGCACCAGAGAACAACUUUUCUCUAUUGGGCAGAUGCUGCGCAUUAGAAAGGGUCCUUUGAAGGGCUACCUCUGUCGAGUAGUUAGGAUAUUUCGGAAUGAUGUGACUGUUAAGCUAGACUCUCUACUGAAAAUUGUUACAGUACAAGCUGAUCUUCUUUCAGUCCCAGCUAAUAGGGGGGAUAACUUGUCUGGUGCUCCAGCUAGUAAAUUUGGAAGUCAAGAUACACCCUUCUUCGGGUCAGAAGCAGGCAAAACUUCAUGGGACAGGGGGUUGCCAUCAUUUGGCAGUGACUCAUGGCAACCCUUUUCAAGUUCCACGCUACCAGUCCAGAAUGCAGGUGCAGAAUCAGAAGCUGAUCCAUGGUGUAAGAAAACUUCUGCUGAAGAUGAUUCUGAUCCAUGGGGUAAGAAAACAGACGGUGAUUCUGAUCCGUGGGGUAAGGAAGCGGUAUCUGCUGCUGACGGUGAUUGCAAUCCAUGGGGUAAGGAAACAGUACCUUCUGCUGCUGGUGAUUCUGAUCCAUGGGGUAAGAAAGUGUUUUCUGCUGAUGGUGAUUCUGAUCCAUGGGGUAAGAAAGCAAUAUCAUCAGCUGUUGAAGUUUGGAACACUAGUGCCACACAAAAGGAAGGUUCUAGUGGCAAUGCAUGGGACAAACAAGCUGGAGUUGGUGGAUCUGAUGCUGCUGGCAGCUCCUGGGACAGAGCGGUUGUCAAUAAGGAGAGUGAAAAGAGUGACAACUGGGGAGAGGCUUGCAGGGUUAUGGACAUGGGAACUGGAGCUGACACAGACCCUUGGGGAAGCAAGGUCAAAGCAGUAGAUAUGGAAGGACCAAAUAGCUGGGAAAAGGCUACAAUGCCUCCAGACAAUAAGCUGGAGGAUGUCAGCCAAGGAUGGAACCAACAUAAGGGCAACUCAACUGAAGACCAAGCAAAAGACAAUGUUUCUAAAGAUGAGGACAACAAUAGGGCUUGGAGCAGUUCUUUGCCUGUCACUGAAGAUGGUACCUGGGGCAAAUCAAAAGACGACAACUGUGAUGGAGCAGGUGGUGCAGGAGGUUGGGAUGCUUCUGUUGCCAACUGGAACAAAUCAUCCGUUCUGGCUGAUGCACAGGAUGAGGGUUGGGGAAAAGGAAAUUGGUCAUCUGCUAAGUCUGAAGAAACAAACAAUGAAAUUGGAAAUUGGAACAAAGCUGGAGCUUCGGACCAAGCUGGACCGAAAUCUUUUGGUGGUGAUGGUUGGAACAAGGGUGGUGAUCAGAAUAGCAGUUGGAACAGUCCUGGAAAUUUUGGAGGUGGGCGUGGCUUUGGGCGAGGACGAGGGAGAGUUAGGGGUCGGGAAUCUGGAGAUUUCAAUGGCAGAAAUGAUCAAGGAAAUUGGAAGAAUUCAUGGGGUGGUGACAAUGCUGAAAAAUCUUCUUGGAGGUCUGAUAAUCAGGUAGACAAUGAAGCUGGAGAUUCUGGUGGAUAUAGGGGACGGGGAAGAGGAGGAAGGGGGCAAUAUGGAGGACGAGGAAGAGGGAGAGACAAUGGUUGGAGAAAUGGUGAUGGACCAAAAUGGGGUGGUGGAGAUAAUUGGAACGCUACAAAUCCACCAAGUAAUCAGCCUUGGAGUAGCAGUGGAGGCACCAAGUCAUAUGGUCAAAAUCAGCCUUCCACUUGGAAUAAUCCAGAGGAUAACAAACCAUCUGUAGGUGAACAAGGUGAUCCUUGGGCAAGCAAGGUGUCUUCUACUGAAGGUAAAGGACAACAGAAUGAUUCUUGGUCAAGUAAGAUGACUUCUCGUGGUGCUGAGGAUACCAGCGGUGGCUGGGACAGCAAGGAGAAGGGCUCUUCCUGCAAUGGUGGGGGUGAAGGACUACAAAAUGAUCCAUGGGCAAACAAGAUUGGUUCUAACGAAGGUAAAGAACAAGAAGCUGAUCCUUGGGCCAGCAAGAUGUCUUCUGCUGUGGGUGCUGAUGACAAGAAUGGUACCUGGGACACGACAACAAAGGGCACUCUAUCUAACGAAAAGGCUGACGACCCUUGGAAUAGUAAGCGGGGUAAUGAUGAUGACAGCAAGAAAACUGACGCCUGGGGUGCUGGCUCGUCAGGUGGGAAUCAGGAAUCUUCUUGGAGUAAACCUAUUUUCUCUCUGGGGGAUCAGGAACCUACUUGGAACAACCCAAGGUUUGGUGACGAUGACAAUGUAAAUAAUAGAGGUGGGUUUGGACGCGGAAAUCAAGGCAGAGGGAGAGGAAGGAGUUUUGGUGGUGGUGGUGGUGGAUCAUCAUGGAAUGAAAGCAACAAAAACGGUGAAUCAGGUGGGGGAAGGUCUGGAGAACCAUGGAACAGAAGGGGUUUUGAUGGCGGCAGAGGAAGAGGCCGCUUUGGGCGAGGUGACCGCAAUCAAGGCAACAACUUGGGGUCAGGAGAUGGUGGCAGCUGGGGCUCUGGCAGGGGAAAUGGUGGUGGCCGUGGUGGUUACAGGAACUGGAACGAUAACAACGAAAGAAGGCCCUUCGGUCAAGGUGGUGGCUGGUCUCAGUCUUCCGACUGGAAUGCCAACAAAGGAAGUGGCGAAGGAAAUCAAGCUUUCUCGAAGAGCAAGCCCAGCUGGGACGCGCAGAACGCCUCUGGUGGAGAUGACCAGGCAGGAAAGAAGAGUGACACAGACAACUCCUGGAGCCAGAACCGAUCAUCUCCAUCUAUCCUGGGUCAGCCAAGCGGUGAUGCUAAUAACAAGUCUAGCGCUUGGGACGGCGCUCCCAACGGAGGAGCUGGCAGGGGAGGUUCAGGUUCUUGGGGAAAGAGCGACGAGGAUGGCUGGAACUCGUCGUCGGGAGGAUCAGCCAGAGAGAAGCCUUCGUGGGGUGGUGGGGCAGAAGCUCCUCCCAGGAAGGAGGACGACGGCGCAUGGGGCAAAGGCGGCGAGGGGAGCCGGAGCCUAGGAGGAGGAGGAGAGGGUGGUAGCAGCAGUUCCUGGGAUAAACCGGCAGAUGGUGCAUGGAGCGGCAACAACAAGGGUGGCAGUGGCAGUGGUGGGUGGUAACUGGUAAGCUUGCGACUUAUUGGCGCUGACUGCAUGUAAAUAUUGUGCCCGCGCUGUGUGAACUGUUCUGGUGCGUGUCUAGUUCGUAUCAGUUACUUGGCCAUGCGUACUCUAAACUAAAAUAAAACAUGGCUUGUGACUGUGACUAGUUAAAUGUAGCCUGUUGCUGACAGUAAUUAGGUGCCUUAACUUUCAGAAACUCAUUUGUUAG